AUGGGCUGCCGCAACAAGGCGGCCCUGAGGAGGUUGCUCAUCCUGCUGCUGUCAGUGUUGCCGUUCGGCGCUGCGUUCAAGUACAACACCGACUUUAAACGCGGAUUUACGGCGCUGGAAACGAUUGUCAAACGAGGCGCUGAGCGUCUGUGCGACGCCAGGGCAGAUGACAUUCUAAUGCGAUGCAAACGACCGCUAGUGAGGCUCACAGGAGAUACGUGGGAGGGCGAUCUGCAUACGAAGGUCACGCACAUCAUCGCAGAGCAGACGCAGCUGCCAAUUGACGAAGUGGCGCAGCGUCUGCGCGACGAGAUUAGGAAGGAAGAUGAAUUCGUCAGCAACUGUAUAGUCACUGGUAACGGAUACAUCAACAUCUUUCUCAAGGAUGAGUUCUUGCGGCGGUCUCUCAACUCCAUGCAAUGCAGCACAACGCGGUUGCUCAACGUGCCCUGCAUGUCCAAGGAUUCGGUUGUCGUCGACUACUUCGGACCUAACGUAGGCAAGGAACUUCACAUCGGGCACCUGAGGUCGGCCGCAAUAGGGGGUGCUGUUGCAAAUAUCCUCGAGUUUUGUGGCGCCAAAGUCUUCCGACGCAACCACGUGGGAGACUUUGGGUCGCACUCUGGGCAGAUCAUGCGCUACCUGUUGGAAUAUGACCCGACGUCUCUAGAUGCGUUUUCGCCGUCGAAAGUUGAUAGCGAGCGGAUGCGCGAAACUGUCAGGCAGCAGAUCGGUUACAACUUAUGGCCAUACAAGAAAAUUACAACCACGGACAAGAUGUCGCAACCCACCCCUGACAUCUCUGUUGAACUAAUCACCAACACUAUCGGCGAAAUUUACCGGUGCGCCAGAAAGAAGUGCGAUGCGGAUGCGUCAUUCAUGGCGCGCUGCAAGGAGGAGACGGCGCUGCUUCAGCGCGGGAAAGACGUGCACCAAGAUGUCUGGAACAACAUCGCAAGAACGUCAAUGAACAGUCACCGAGACGUUCUAAAGCUUUUCAACUUAGACAAAGUACGCGACAUACCAGAAAGCUUCUACGCUAAGCGUGUGUUUGCCCUGGUGGAACGACUCGUCGGUGAGGGCCAUGCGAGGAAAAGGCCUGAUGGCAGCGUCACGAUAGUAGCACGUUGCGACGCCGCCCCAAAUGACAACCAGUCCAAUGAUGGCAUGGAAGGUCACGGAAGCAGUGAUGCAGACGAUGCGUUAACCUUCAACAUCCCGGGCAUCUCCAAUACCACCGGGGGCUAUUCCUCGGAAUCGCAAGAACUUAACGAAGCAUCUCGAAUGGCAUAUUCAGACGAAUCAGCUACAUCUGCCUACAAUUCGGAAGACGUGAAUACUACGAACACUACAAACAGCAAUGUAGAAAGUCAAGAUAUCGCAACCGUGGAGGACAAUUUCUCACGUGAAGAAAACGAACUUGUGCUCAUCACCAAAGAGGGUUUUGCCACUUACCUCGCCGUCGACUUGACGGCACUGGAUCAUCGGCUACGGGAGAACAAGGCCGACAGGCUGACUAAAAUCGCAAAGCGGGUCGGUAUCCUGACGACGCAAAAGGUGGAGCACGUAGGCUUCGGGGCAGUGAAGAAUGCCGAUGGCAAGAAAAUGCGAUCCCGCACCGGCUCCGGGCCCUCAGUGUCGGACAUAUGGCAGGAUACUCUGGACAAGUGCACCCGUGAGGUACAACGAAAAGGGGAAUUCCUUGGACCAGUUGGAGAACACAUGGCACGCAAGCUCGCCUCUGGAUCCAUACUGUAUGCCGAUCUGUCGGCUGCGCAGGAGGACUGUUACACAUUCUCUGCGGAACGGCUGCUGAAGCAGGGUGGCAACAACCUCAUCAGCAUUCUGUACUCCUUUGUUCGAUCCCGGUCAAUUUUGCGGAAGCUCGCUGAAUCCGGCAUAUAUACAGGGGAAAAUGCGGUUGGGAUACCUGAGGAAGUUUCAUUCGCCAACGAAUCGAGUAGGAAACUUGCGCUGCAACUGGUCGGCCUCGAAAACGCGAUCUUUGCGGCGGCGAGCAUGCGCGAACCGCACAGGCUGUGCAAGUACGUCUGGGCCCUGUCGAGGUAUUUCGCGCAUUUCUACCAGCAUAACCGCGUCUUGGAUCGUGACGGCACCGGCGCCAACAUGGAGGCCGCGCAGCUGGUAGACCUCUUCGCCAAGGUGACGCAACUAGCGCUUGCACUGCUAAACAUCCAGACUUUGGAGCGCCUCUGA